AUGAGUCCUCCUCUUUCCACUCAGGCCCAUAACUACUUCUCCGCAAACAACGCCAAAGAUUGGUCGAUCCGCGACUAUUUCAACCUCAACGCAUCCACCCUGAAGGAGCCGGGCGGCUUCGAGUCCCUCGUUCGCACAUGGACACGGUCCUUAACUUCAUUCGCCACUGAUUCGAAGUCAUCAACCUCCAAGCGUAACAUAGCCAAACAGCUACUGGAGAAUUACAAAAAGAAGGGGGAUGACUUUCGAGAAGCGAGGAUGAUGAGGGCGAUCCUUACGAGUAUGCCUACCGCACAACCGCCCAUCGUCGUCCACGGCGAUAACGCGUUUAGCAAUGCGACCAUCGUCAGCGGGGAUAACGCAUUUGCCAAUGGUUCCGUCAAUGGCGCCCCUGUCGUCCCUCUGUCGGCUGCCACCCUCAUACAGUCUACUCCCACCGUACCCCAAACAAGGCAACCUACCCUCAAACGGAAGAGGAAGACGCCGCAAAACACUUCGUCCCCCCCUCUCCCCCUCCCCCCCGGAGGUGAUUCCACCAUGUCUAGCGUGCCAACCGAUAAAAAAUGGCACCUCCCUAGUGGUGUCUGCGUCGAGGAUACCCUCUACGAAUGUUUCAAGGGCGACAACGAGGAGUCUGCCGCACACUCCUGGGUCGUCGAUAUCAAAGAUAAAAACAUCAAGGCCUGCUUUACCCCGGAGGACUGGCAAGUGAUCUGCGAUGCGAUGCCUCCACCGCCAGCCCCGGACAAGACAAUGGCCCAGUCGAUGUGCAGAUACAUGGGUGUGAGUUUUGGCGCCUCGCCCUCCUCUUACCUUGCGGGCCUACUGACUGUCCAGAUUAAAACUGCGGACCGGCUCCGGGACUAUCUUGACAAUAACUCGCCGUUUGAACCCAACGAAGCAAUUGCGAUUACCCCCGACCAGUGCUGCGGGCGGAGAUGGGCUGAUGGCGUCUGA